AUGGGCACGGUACUGAGCUUUAGCCCACGGGAGCGUCGGCCGAUCUACUCGACGCACCACCACAGCGCCGGCACGCUGUCGUCGUCGAACUCGGCCGACUUUCCGCUCAACAACUACUCGUACGAGCAGCUGAACAACGCGAAGAACCGGGAGAGCGUGGGGCAGGGGAAGCCGCCCAAUCUGAUUCAAACGGUGCCUAACAACAACAACAACAACCAUGGGUUGAGUAAGGACGACUGCAAGAACAACAACACCAGCGCGAACAACAACACGGCCCACGGCACCGGCGGUGGUAGCACUGGCGGCAGCGGUGUCGGUGGCGGUGGUGGAGGUGUUGGUGGUGUCGGUGGAGGCACCGGGGGCAGCGGCGGUGGCAACAAUAACAACAACCUGCUGAACAACAUCACCGGCAGUGCGAACAUCAACAACAUCAACAACAACAUCAGUGGCACGAACAACAACCAUAUCGGGGGCGGCAACCUGAACGGCAACAGCAUACAGGAGCGGAACAACAGCAACAACGCCGACAGUGCCCGCAUCCUGUCGGAGAAGAAUGCGCUGGAGAAGAACCUGAAGAAGCACUCGCUGUUCAUCAACGCGCUGUCCUGGAAGCGGCUGGCGGCCUCGCACGGCAAGAAGAAGCUGGACAACAACAACAAGAACAAGUCGGCCAACCUGGCGACGGUGGCAUCGUUCCGGACGCCGCUCACCGACACGAUCCACCCGCUGCUGGACAAGAACAAGAACCUGCAGCAAUCGCAGUCGUUCACGCAGACGAUCAGCAGCCAGCAGUUGCAGCAGCAGCCACCGGCGACGAUCGUGCUCAAUCAGUCGCAGGCUCACCACCACCAUCACCAGCAGUCAAGUUCGGGAGCCUCCAGCGGCGCCGGUGGACAGCAGACGGCGUCGGUGGUGGGGCUGGCUGCGGCCACGGCCAUGGGUGUUGUUGCCGGUCAACAGCACGGCCAGCUGAUGGUGGCCCAACAGCACCAGCAGCAACAGCAUCAUCAUCAUCAGCAGGCCGGCGUGUACUUCACGCCCGGUGGACCGAAAGCGUUGCUCGCGCUGGACCUGGUGCGGGCCAACAACACGAAUCCGCUCUCGCAGCCGGACAAGCUGGCCACGAAGCUGCCCCUGCAGCUGCCGAUGCCACUGCAACCGAUCGUCAACCAGCAACAUCAACAUGGGCCGCCGCCGCAUCCGCAACAGCAGCAUCACCUACAGCAGGGCGGUACGAUUCCCCAGCAGUUGCACCAUGGACACGGACCCCGGAAAACGGUCAUUCAGGCGUCCACCUCGGAGCUGCUGAAGUGCUUAGGGAUGUUCCUGCACGAUCGGUGCCGCAAGCUGCGCGAUUUCCAGGCCGGCGACGCUGUGAUGUGGCUGAGGGCCGUUGACAGGAGCUUACUGCUGCAGGGCUGGCAGGAUGUUGCCUUCAUCAACCCGGCCAACGUGGUGUUCGUGUACAUGCUCGUCCGCGAGCUGGUCGACGGCGAGGAGACGAAGGAGGCGGAACUGCAGGCCGCCGUCCUAACCUGCCUGUACCUUUCCUACUCGUACAUGGGAAAUGAAAUUAGCUACCCACUGAAACCGUUCCUAGUGGAGGACUCGAAGGACAAGUUCUGGGACAGAUGUUUGCUGAUCGUGAACCGACUGUCCUCGAACAUGCUGCGCAUCAACGCCGAGCCGGGUUUCUUCACCGAGAUCUUCACCGAGCUGAAGGCUUGCGGCAUGAACACGAACAACCCGGCCGGCAACAUGCCGUGCGGUGCGGCUUGA